AUCUCAUGUCGAGCAAUCCGAAGACGUCUUCAACCAGUUCGUCUCCAACCAAAGGGGCUAGGGUUGAGAAACCAGCAGCCAUGACUAAAGCACGUUCGAAGAACAAAGACGGCUCGAUUCACGCCUCCCCAACCGACAUCUUCGGACCAAAUGCUGUCACCCGGUAUCUCAGCAUUCCACAAACCGGCAAUAUUACCGGUGUGGAGCUGAUGACGUUUCUUCCUGAGCUGAUUCGAAGCCCCGGCAUCCUUGUUCGAUUCUUCCAGAACGGCGGCGAUGCUGGACCCUUGACUAGGAUCUACAAAUGGUUUCGAGUCGUGGUGAAGAACAAUUCCCGGCAAGACGCCACCAAUGCCAUGAUUCACUUGGCCCAGGGAACGAUGCGAAACUAUCUCCAGGAUGAUCAGUGGACCAUGACCCGCUACAGGGCCGGUCUGUACAGCAAAGUCGGCCAGGCCUGGGACCACGAUAAUCUGACUUUCACCGGUGUCAAGAACCACUGCGAGAUCCAACCUCUGGGCAGCCGUCACAACAAACCGGUCGUCGCUAACGUCCAUUUCGCGUCGCUGGCAGCUGACGUCUUGGUAUACCCAUCCGACUACGACGAGCUCGAUCUGACCCGCUGUGUCAAGGCCGCUGUCGCCAAUAUCGACCUGCCGCUGAUGUUUCCACGAGACUUUAAUUUCCUCACUCGGCUCUUGGGUGGUCCCCAGACGGUACUUCCUGCUCAUCAAGAUGGUCCGCUGUUUGAACGUUGGAGGCUGGUGCCCUGGAACGAGACGCCUAAGCCGCACGCCAUUCAGGCUGCAACGAAUCUCGGCCAUCACACGUUCACAGCAGCACAGCGGGCGGUAACCGAGCGGCAUCUUCAUCAACUCCCUCAUGUCCAUCCGUCUGCCUCUGCCUCUGCCCGGCCGUCGGCUUAUGUCCAGUUGCCUAUCUCCGCGCCUCGUGGCCUUGUGAGGAUGAUAAACCGCGCUGGCAUCCCUCGCGCACAAGUUCCCGUGGCAGCCAGCGGUCCUCAAUCUGACCACUCCCUGAUUCUUAGUCGGAUCUUGGGUAACACUGCUGCCGACUUGGCGCACGUCCUGGUUACGAUACAAGAGGAUCAACUGCGCGCGUUGUAUGUCAGUGUCUUGGCCGCUAAUGGUAUCGUGCCUUCUAGACGCCGCGUAGAGCACACACCUGUCCCAGACGUUCUCUACAACACGCUCGGAGGUGAUGGUAGUCUUGCCGGUCCAAUCGUCCCAGCUGCACACGAUGCUAUGGUUCUUUCCUCAUAUGGCCCUUGGGAUAACGACAUCAUCGCUAAUGAUAACGAGUCUCCACUUCCAAAUUCAUUUGAUGAACAGCUUGAUGAUGACAGCGGCUCAUUUGCGUCUCUCGAUCUCAGUAUGACCGAUCCUGAGAUCCUGGACAGUAUCAACCGUGAGCUAGGUACCUCCAUCGAUUUAGAACCCGGUACCGAGCCUCCAAAAGUCGACCCGGAAGACCACGACCUCGGCUUGCAGGACGAUGGUGUCAAUGAUGGACUUGUCCAGGGGACUUCAAGCCCUUCCAUCGUGGUCCGCAACGUCGACGGCAGCAUUGUCGAACACCCCGAUGAUGACCAUUCAACUCGUGAAGCAUAGUGUGGUCAAACAAGACAGCAAUACAGUUCUCUCGAAAGGUUGAUGUGUAUUGGGCAGGCAUACAUCGGGAUUGGACCGCGGUUCGUACGCGGUAUUGGAGAAGUUUAGCGAGCAUGAUAUGGGGUUUCUGGUAAAACUUCAUGGAGGAGUUGGGC